GUGCGUGGUGUUGGUGUUGUCGUCCGUCGUCCACUUGUGUAUUUAUUUUGAUCUUCUUUAUUGAAGCUGGAAUAAUUACGUGAUAGAUGUUCUAGUUACCUUAAUGCCAUGGACUAAUUGCGAGCUGUGUCUACCUUCGUUUUGGGGUGCUCACGAAUCUUAUCCCCGUUGAAAAUCAAGCCCACUUGCGAGACGUCGAGUAAACCGAGUGGUAAAUUUUUGUAAGGGAUGUAAUUGUUUAAUCUUCAUAUGCAAUUUAUGAAAAAAGUCUUAAAUUUGUAAUUGGUUUUGACAAAAGAUCGACACGACUCCCUUACCAUAAUUGUUGACAUGACACAACCAAAUCCUCCAUCUCCGCAAAACAAUCUGGACCGCAAUGGCUUGGAUACUGCAACUCCUAAUUUAUUAUUGGAUCACCCUGGAAUGGACCAAAAUGGAUCAGUCACUACAGACUGUGCACCCACCACCAUUGAGGCAGAACUAUCGAACUUGCAACAGGCAUCCAUGGAUUAUCUAGGCAGUAUGGAACAAUUACAAAUCCAAACAUCAGAUACCACUACUAAGCAGCCUGCAGAAUUGAUUCCAGAAGAAGAUAAGGUCCCCCAAGAAAACUCGUUGGAGGCACAAUUUAGUGAUAGUGGAAAAACACCUGACCCUAAAGAUGUUCUUAUGGAAGGUGUAGAGAUACCGCCAAAUAUUGAUGAAGUUACCUCUGUCCUCUUGUGUCGCCUAUGUUCUCUACCAUGCCAAGAGGCAGCUCCUGUGUUUUUGUUCCGACAUCCUCCUCAUCAUCCUGAAGUACUUCCCAAAGAAGCACCUAUCAAUCAAGAAGAGGAAGAGCUUGGAGACAUUCUUUCAAUGAUUAAAGCCACUCUACCUAUUAAAGUGAGCUGCUGUGAUAAACUUCCUAAACAAGUUUGUACAAAGUGUGUGGAAAGAUUACGUUUAUCACAUGCAUUCACAGCUACAGUUUUAAGAGCAGAGAGUCAGUUAAAUAGUUUACGUGCUCAUCAAAAGACAGAUAAAGCUGACUCAAAUGAUAUGAGGAAUCCUUUCAGCCCACAAGCUCCUUAUGAUUGCCCUAUAUGCAAAGAAAGCCCAGUGCUGUCUAUUCAAUCCUCGUCUCAUUUAGAUUUUCACUCAGGAAGGUAUGAUUGGGAGAAUGUUAUUGUCAAAAAUGAACCAGAGGACCCUAUAGAGCCCUCUGCUGAAGACCUUGAGAGGUCAUAUAAUGAAUUUUUUGGAGGCCAGAAAGAUUUUGAAACUUUUCGAACUGAAGAAAGAAUCACGUUGAAACCAUCAAAACCUGCAUGUUUUGGAGGAAGGAGACCAAGAGGCAGACCCCGAAGCCGGCCUUUCAAACUGACGCCAAGAGGAAGAAGGGGUAGACGCAGCACCCAAACAACUGUCGAGAGGAUUCUCGAAUUAAGCCAAACAUCACCGGAUGCUGAUGGUUACGGGUUUAGGAUAUGCAGUAGGGAAAAUAAUCCUGCCUCUGAAGCUCUUACUCAGUGUCUCUUGUGUGAUAAAUGGCUGCUAGGGAUUGCUGCCUGCUUGCAACACUCUCUAGCGGAGCACAUGGACUGUGGUUCUUUUUUGUGCCCUCGGUGUCCUCGUGAUGAUUUUCCUGGUGACUUUGAAUUGAUUCAACACUACCAAGAGUCACAUUGCCCUGAUCUUGAGCUGUAUGAAGUGUUUCAGCAGAGUGAACGAAGUAAUACACCCAACAUCACUCUCAACAAUGUACAAUCCGAAAUGGAACUUGCACCUGAUUGCAACAUGAUUGAGGCAAAUGUUGGAAAGAAAGAGGGAAAAGGGACUCCUCUUGAAAGUUCCUGGCAUGUAGAACCUAUGGAGUUUGAUAAUCUUAAUAAUCUGCACAACACACCACCCAAUGAUCUGUAUGAAAGUCAAGAUGAAGUAUCAUCAAAUUUAUCUGAAUUAGCCCCAAGAUCUUUGACUUCUCAUUCUGCCAUGUAUGAAGAAGAGUCAAACUCUAUAUCGACUCAUGGCUCAGACUCAAAUUUGGCUCACGAAGAUAUAUUAACAAGUCAUAUACCAGAUCAACAUACAUUGCAGGACGAAUUAAUGGGUCAAUCCUCCAACCUUGCUGAUGAGGUUUCAUUCAGUAACUCUCCGUGUACUCUUGGAGUGGGAGAUUUUGUCGAUUUGAGGUCAAUCGAGGAAGAAAGCCAGGAUAAUAAAUCAGUCAAUAAGACAGACUUCUGUAGUGUGCAGGACAGCACUGCUGUUGGUGAAGUCAAUAUUGGCCAACAAGGAAACGACUUUAAAAGUCUCCAGGAAGAUUGCCAGGAAAGUCAAGAUUCUCUUCGAGCUGAUGAAUUAUGUGGUUUUCAAGAGGCUAUAAAUGAGAAAAGUCAGGAAGUAAGUUUAAAUGGAAGCGCAAUUGAUUUUAAUCCUUGACUUUGCUCCUUUCUUGAUUUCAUGGCAAUGUUCAUCACAAACAUCUUAAUAAUUUAGAUUAGGCCAUUCCAUACUCCCCAUUUCCCUACUUACCAGUUCUGUACACUGCAGUGAUGCAGUUCUGAAGUUUGUUGCAUGUUUCAAUGCUCCUGCCAAUACUAGCUCUGUUUGAAAUUUACUCACAGAUAGGGGGUAAAAAGUAUAGGUGUCAAAAAGUAUCAAAAUUAAUCUUUUUCCCCCAUUAAGUAUAUGUGAAGAAGAUAAACCUAGGUAUCUUCAUUGAGCAAUACUGCUAAAAGUACUAAAAUAAUUUCAAUUGUUUUGACUUGCAUUUUUUGUUGUUGCUUUUUUUUAGUAUCAUGUUUUCCACACACUUUAGAAGAUUGUAAUUUUAUUGUAUUUAUUUGUACAGUAUUUAAUGGCGCAAGGGAAUACUUUCUUCCAGCUUAAUGGCUGAAAUACUCCUGUCUUGCUUGUUGCUUCCAGUAUUGAUUGUUUUUCUAGUUUUAAAGUAUACUGUAAGGUGAAAUUAAAGUGCCAUAAGUUUGUGCUUCCCCUUCCCCCAAGAUGAACUGCAGUAAUGUUAUAAACAUGUACAUGUAAUGAUAUCCUGCCUAAUGUGUUUCUCGUAGGAUCCCUUCUAUUUUUAUUUACUGCAAGGCACCUUUCUUCCUCAUUUUAAAUUAAUUCUUUUAUUUUUUGGACUCUUUUUAUCCCCAAUAUGAAGUUGCAAAAUUUAGGUGCCCAAGGCAUCAUUGUAUAAAAGAAAUCAGGUACUUAAAAAGCACAAUAGGUUUGAGUUUUGGGGAAAGUGGGAAAAUGGUGUGAAUCAUCUUUUAAUUAAGUGGUCUGACAGAUAGAGAUAGAUGUAAGAACCAUUUUGAUCGGAAGAAAGAACUUAUGAAUUCUUUUGUAAACCAAUUUUAUUGAGAGGUGUGAAUGGGGCAACUUACUGUUACAAUGAAAUCUAAAAGAGUAAAAUAAAUCUGUAAAUCCUU